GGGGCGGAAGUGGGGCUGGGCGCUGCUUCCUGUUUGUUGCUGGGGUGUGGCCGGCUGGCGGCAGGUAGUCGCUGAUCUUUUGUUGGAGACCUACAGAGGAGAGGCAGAGGGCUGGAGAGAGUUUGUCACUUCUUGGGGCUGUUACUGCAUGUGGAAAUUGAAGGCUGUUACUUGGUGCUGCCUUUCCAGCGCAGAGAUAGAAGCAGCAGCACAGUGAUAUCUGAAACAGCUCUUGUAUCUUUGAAGAGCACACACGGAUUUUUUUUUCAAAGUAUUUAAGUGCUGUUCUUUCCCUGACCCCUUUUUAUCCCUCGGAGCGUGUUAAGGAAGCAAGCAUUGUUGGUGGCUUGCUUUUAUUCUCCUUUAUUUUUGCAGCUAAGUAUGUGUCUGAAAGAAUCAUCUCUUGUAUCUGACAGCAGUUCCUACAGAGUCUGCCACAUCUCUCCAGUCUGGUGGAUUUUUUUAGGAAAGGUGAGAAUCAGGAGCUCACGUGAGAGGCUGUGCCAGGAGCCCGUGAAGCUGAAGUCUACUGAUUGCCAAAAUGCACAAUGACUACAGUAGCCCAGAAGCACUUUCUGGAAGGGCAAACGUAUUCCGUCCCCCUGAUCCAACCUGACUUGCGCAGAGAAGAGGCUGUUCAGCAGGUGGCAGAUGCACUUCAGUACCUGCAAAAGGUGUCAGGAGAUAUUUUCAACAGGAUCUCUCAGCGGGUGGAAACCAGCCGGGCACAGCUUCAGGCAAUCAGUGAGAGAGUCACGCUCGCACAAGCAAAGAUUGAGAAGAUCAAGGGCAGCAAGAAGGCUAUUAAGGUAUUUUCCAGUGCCAAGUAUCCUGCCCCUGAACGGCUGCAGGAGUACUGUUCGAUUUUUGCUGGUGCAGAAGACCCAGCUAAACAGAAAUGGCCAAGACACAAGAUCCAGAGCAAGCACCGAAUGCUGGAUGAAAAAUCCUUGCAGGAAAAGCUCAAGUAUUUCCCUGUGUGUGUGAACACCAAAAUUCACCAGGAAGAUGAUGCAGAAGAAGGUCUUGGCAGCCUCCCAAGAAACAUCAGCUCCCUCAGCUCCCUGCUGCUCUUCAACACCACGGAGAACCUGUACAAGAAGUAUGUUUUCCUGGAUCCGCUAGCUGGAGCAGUGACCAAGACUCAUGUGGCUCUGGAAACAGAGACAGAAGAGAAGCUCUUUGAUGCUCCUCUCUCCAUCACUGAAAGGGGACAGCUGGACCGGCAGGUAGCUGAAAAUUACUUCUACGUGCCAGAUCUGGGCCAGGUCCCUGAGAUUGAUGUGCCGUCCUACCUGCCAGACCUGCCUGGCAUUGCUGCAGAUCUCAUGUACAGCGCUGACCUGGGCCCUGGCAUCGCACCGUCCGCUCCAAGCAGUGCUAUUCCAGAGCUACCCACUUUCAGCACUGAGUCAGUGGAGCCUUCACAAGCAGACCUUCAGGAUCCUGGGCUCUUGCCACCUCCCCCGCCGCCUCCUCCCCCACCUCCUCCUGUUAUGCCAACUACUGUGCCUCCCCCACCGCCCCUGCCACAGCCUACAGCCCCCUCCGAACCAGCUCGGACAGCAAGUGAGGACAGCAGCAAGACUGUGCCUGCAGCUUCGGUCCAGGGAGCCCCAAAGGAGGUGGUGAACCCCUCAACUGGGCGUGCCAGUCUCCUGGAAUCCAUUCGCCAGGCAGGGGGCAUUGGGAAGGCCAACCUCCGCAGUGUCAAGGAGAGGAAGCUGGAGAAGAAGAAGCAAAAGGAACAAGAACAAGUGAGAGCUACGGGACAAGGUGGAGAUCUGAUGUCAGACCUGUUCAACAAGCUGGUGCUGAGGCGCAAAGGUAUUUCAGGGAAAGGGCCAGGAGCCUCAGCAAAUCCCGAUGCUCCCGGCAGUCCUGCUGGUGCCUUUGCUCAUAUGUCAGACUCGAUACCACCCCUCCCGCCCCCACAGCAGCCCCCGGGUGAAGAGGAUGAGGAUGACUGGGAGUCAUAGAUGGUAGCAGUUGUGCAUCAGCAUGAAUCCCAGGACUCUACAGAAGGUGGGCUGUGGCAUGGGAGGGGCACCCUGUCAUUUCUUCUGGAAGAGGAGCAGCGGGAACUAACCACAACCAAAUUGUUACCAAUGAGGGGUUUUGUUCUGCUGUCUGCUGGUCUCCACCCCAAAUACUACAAUCCAGCUCAAAUCCUGCUGCAGCUCACAAUGAAUCAAUAAAUCCAGCCUUAGCUGGAGGGCAGUAGGGCAGCUUGCGCUCAGAGGAUCAGAACAAGUAUUGUUCCUCAUUUAAAGGGCCCUUGGUCUUACCUAAUGUGACUGGUGAUGACUGCAGGAGCAUCCCUGGCAGGCAAGCAGUCCUUGCCUCAUUUGUCUCUGCUGCGUGUUUGCUGAAGCUCAUGUUUGUUUGGGUGUUGCAAGUUCUGAGUCCUUGAAGAUGAAGCUGGAUAGUAGUGAGUGAAUGAGAGUGAAAGAGUCUGUCUGUCCCUUCACGGACAAGUCUAAUUACUGGUGCCUCUGUACCCGAUGGUUUCUUUCUGUCUCUGGCUUAUGGCAAUUCUUUGGCUGUUGCUUUCUGAAAAACUGCAAUAAAGCUCAAGGAAGGA